AUCGUCUUUAUUAUUAACAUCUGAAUCCUUCUGCAAGCGCUUUUCGCGGAUAAGUUUAAAGAUGUUUAUGGAUGAACACAGACUACACUCACUUCAUGGCGGCGUUUCAGAUAGGGAAGAGGAAAAGGAAUUGUGGAUUAAUUUAUCCAAUCAGAUAGUCGAGCGGUUGCCUGGCGGUGACACAAGCGGGAAAUAAACAUGGCGGCGAUGGAAGAAGAGCUCUUCACCGAUCCGCUGCUGCAAAUGACGAAUUACGAAGGUCCAGGGUUAUUAGACCUCUCGAAUCAGGGUCUCCAUAAACUGGAUCCGGUGCUGUUCGGCCCCGGGGAGGUACACACGCUCCUUCUGGACCAGAACCACAUCAUUAAGCUGGAGCACCUGGAGCGUAACGAGGCUCUUCUGCAGCUGUCUGCGGCCUGUAACCGGCUGGUGCGCAUGAUGGGCGUCUCAAAGCUGAUUCACUUACGAACCCUGAACCUCCCGAACAACAGCGUCGGGUACAUCGAGGGGCUGAAGGACCUGGUGCAUCUGGAGUGGCUCAAUCUGGCUGGAAACAACAUCAAGGUCAUCGAGCAGCUCAACACCUGCGUUUCCCUUCAGCAUCUGGAUCUGUCAGACAAUAACAUUUCUCACAUAGGAGACCUCACCAAGCUCUCAGUGUUAAAGACUCUUCUUCUGCAUGGAAACAUGAUCACGACGCUGCGCAGCGUUCCUGCUCACCUGCCCUCGACCCUCACCGUGCUGUCGCUCGCAGAGAACGAGAUCAGAGACCUGACCGAGGUGUCGUAUCUAGCUCCGUUAUACUGCCUGCAGCAGCUGUCCGUCAUGAGUAACCCGUGUGUCCUGGCCACUCCGGCUCUGCCCGGCUGUGAUUAUCGGCCGUAUGUCGUCAGCUGGUGUCUCAGUCUCAAGCUGCUGGAUGGAUGUGUGGUUUCACAAAAAGAGGGACUGAAAGGAGAGUGGCUGUACAGUCAAGGUAAAGGGCGAACGUUUCGGCCGGGGCAGCACGCGCAGCUGGUCCAGUAUUUGGCAUCCACGUGUCCGCUGACCGCCACAACUGCCUUACAGUCAGCAGAAGAUGCUAAACUUGAGAGAAUCCUCAACAAACAGAGACAGCAUCAGAUACAGCUGCAGCAAACGCGUCCCUGCUGCUCGAGUCCAUCUCGACCCACGCAUCUCGACGUCCACAAGAACACAGACGCGGAUGUCAUCGCUCAGGCAGAUGUGGAUCCAGGAGUUCAGGUGAACGCGUGGAUGAGCCCUGUGUCUUCAGCCGUGAUCGCUGCGGUCCGUCUGCCGCCCGCCGCUGAAGACGGGAUGGUUCUGGAGGAUGUGCAGACCGAUGAGGAGAAGCUUCAUGGCAGUCUGCUGUCCUCGGAGUCUGCUUUCCUGCCCUUUAACCCUGCUGUUCAUCCAGCUUCAGCUCCUGACAGCGGGGAGGAGGAGUUUGAUGAUUCUCUGGCUCCUCCCACAUCUGUACAGCCCCGCCCACCGGAGGAGGAGUCAGUGGGCCUCAGCUCUCUGACGCACGGAUCGGAUCAUGUGACUGACAGUACUGAAGGUAACACGCAGCAGCACGAGUUAAACAGCGACGGCGUGUUCCAGAACAGUUCUGCGGAGGAUCUGGACCGGACUGAGACGCAGAAGUGUGAGCUUGAGCCGCGUGAUGCAGCGGUCAGGAUCCAGGCGUGGUGGAGGGGUCACUGGACACGGCUCUGCCAUCCACAAGCCAAAGAAGUGCGUGCUGAGAUCCGCUUGAGAAGGAUGCAGGAUCACAUCGUCCACCUGACCGCGGAGCUGGAGAGGGUGCGCAAGCAGCAGGAAGAAGAGCGACUGCAGAGACGUGUGCAGGAGGAGGCUGUGAAGUUCCUGUGGAAGCAGCUGCAGGUGGUGCUGGAGUGGCAGUCGUCUGUGAACGAGCGGCUCAGUGCGGCUCCGAGCUCAGCCUCAGAUCCCAGCGUUCCCUCAGCGACUCCUGUCCGCACGGAGAUCUCCAUCCCCGAGUCUGGCUUUCAUUCCCCGGGAGAGCGGCCGGCGGCGCUGGACAACAGCCUGAGCAGCACAGCCGGGUCUCCGGAGACCGUGCGCUCUCUGGGGCCCCUGAGGGCCGGCGCGGGGGACAGUCUGUUAGAGCAGUAUCUGUCCUCUGUGCAGCGACGGGACGAGGAUGAAGCAACACCGUCUGAUCUCUCUCCUCACGGGAAGCAAGAGCUCUUGUCCUGACCGCAGUCUGAAGCAGAGACUCUUCUUGAAGGUCGUACACUAACGUUUUGUAAUCACUGGCCUUCAUGUAGACUUGUAGCCUUUUAUCUCAUGUCACACACGUGCUCAGCGGUCAGACACGGACUGCAGAAGCUCAUGAUGUCGUGUGACUGGCCGCUGCUGCUCUUUCUAACAGUGACGUACACUCGAGCGCUGCUGGAUAUCAGCAAACAGCCUUCUGUUGAAGGUCACGCCCGGGUGCCGAGCUCUUUCAGUGCACUCCGCAGUAGACCUGUUUCCUUUUAAAUGUAGGUCCUGGAGGACGCGAGCAGAGCUGUAGAGGAGCGUGCACGUCUGUGAAGUUAGUGAUUGAUCUGAUAGUCUCCUCAGAGCUGUAAAUAUUUCUCUGUGUGCAUCUGGAUAUUUACAAUGUGUGCUGCAACAAGUGUUCAGUGUGGCAUAUGCAGCGAGUUUUUAUUUAUUUCACAUUUUUAUUCCUUUUUUCUAUGUUAUAUAUAUUUUAAAAUUCAUUUUUUGUAAAUAAAGUUUGACUUUCUUUCACCAUUGUGGUAUUUUACAUCAGUAUUUCAUCACAGUGGAAAUAAAACACCAAAAGGUGACUUGUUUUGAUUACAGUAAAAUAGUUCACUGUAGAAAUCAUUUUAAAAAGUGUGGAAUACUUUGGAUUACUGGACUAUAGCAGUAUUUACACGGUCUUCAGCAGAACCACUAGAUGGAGCUCAUAAUCUACACGAUAUCAUAACAGAGCUAGUUUUUGUGAUUAAUAUCUUGUUCUUUUGUUUGCGCUGUUUCUUUAUAUUUUAUAUCUUGUAGACCACUACUAUUUAUUAAUU